CUUUUGGACCUCCUCGUGAACCUUCUUAUGAACAUUCUAAAUAGAUACAAUGACUUUUCACCACCGUACCACGUUGCCAACAUGCUAAAGGAUCUUAACCAAGUCAUUACCAAAAUUCAAGAUCAUACAAUGGAAUGCACAGAGUCUUCGUCCCAAGAAGCAUGAAAUCUUGCAUAUGAUUAACUCCCAUGACCCUGCAGUCUUUGCCAUCUCGGAGACCUGGUUUAAACCGGGGUCCUAUUUUAGGCUCCCGGGAUACUCUUGUCUUCGGGACGACAGAACUGAUGGUCACGCUGGUACUGCCAUUUUCAUUAAAUCCUCAAUUACUUAUAACCGUAUCCCUCUCCCAGCUAUAGUAGGAAUCAAUGCUGUAGCAGUCAAAAUUCAAAAUUUUUCCAUACUUUGUAUUUAUAUUCCUCAUCCAAACGUAAUCUCUAUUUCUGAUAUUGAGCUAUUAAUUUCUCAACUUUCUGGUCCUAUUAUUAUUGUAGGAGACUUUAACGUUUCACAUGUAAUAUGGGGUGGACCCGAUUAUGACCCCCUUGGGUGUGAUCUGGUUGACCUGAUGGACUUCAGAAAUCUUUGCCUUUUAAACGAUGGUUCUCCAACGCGUUAUACUGCUCCAGAUCGUAGAGUAAGUGCUGUAGACCUUUCAAUGUGCUCAGCAGACAUUAGGUCUAUGACCUCAUGGCAAAUCUUAUCGGAGAAAUAUGGUAGUGAUCAUUAUGUUAUUGUUAUUUCUUUCGAUCAACCGUCUCCUUCAGUCAGACCAUUUGAACCUCUAUUAAAAUAUAUUAUUCCUCGUGCGAACUGGGAUAAUUAUUCCAUUGACGCCGAUAUUCAUUCGCACUCUGUCCCCACCAUCAAUGACUCUAAUGUUGAGGAGGCAUACGGCCUUUUUGUUCAAGGUAUCUGUAAAGCUGCAGAUGACAAUAUCCCAGCUAAAAAGACAAAGGUUGGUACUAAGAUCUCUCCCCCUUGGUGGGAUGCAGAAUGUACUGAAAUGUACCAGAGACGCAAAGAAGCUGAAACCAACUACUGCCUCAUGAUAACGACAGAGAACUAUGUUCUAUUAAAAAAAGUUACUGCAAUGACGAAGCGCUUUUUCAAAAAAAAGAAAAAAUCUUCAUGGUUGCGUUUUUGUCAAUCCCUUUCCCCUCGCACUCCUCCUACCUUGAUGUGGCGUUCCAUAAAACGCUUUAGGGGCUCCUUCUCUUUUCGUAAUUGUGACUCUAAUGAUUACUCUAGAUGGAUUCACGCAUUUACUAACAGUUUAGCUCCUCUUUCGGCCCCUAAUCAUGACUGCUUGCCCAUGCCGUACCCUUCUUCUUUUCCUCAUCAUGCAUUUAAUAACCCUUUUUCUAACGUCGAGCUACGAUCAGCCCUUGAAUACCUUAGGGACUCAUCCCCUGGGGUGGAUGGGAUCCCAUAUUCUUUUUUAAAGAAAGCCGGCCAAUACACCAAAACCCUUUAUCUCUUAUUAAUUAAUAAAUUCUUUGAAACAGCGUAUGUUCCGGAAUCUUGGAAAAGGCAGAUAAUUAUUCCAAUCCUAAAACCAGGAAAAGACCCCUCUAAAAGUACUUCUUUUAGACCUAUUGCCCUAUCAUCAACCCUUUGUAAGAUUAUGGAACACAUGCUUAAGAGAAGAUUGGAAUGGUUUGUGGAAAGUGAGGUGAUUUUAGCCGAGAGCCAGUUCGGUUUCCGUAAAGGCAUGAGUACCACAGAUAGUUUGGCCAUCCUAUCUACUGAUAUCAGGAUUGCUCUCUCCAACAACCAGUUUUUGGUGGGGGUAUUUUUGGAUAUCUCUGCUGCUUAUGACAGUGUGCUGCUUCCGGUGCUCAGGGAGAAGCUCCUUAAUCUGAACAUUCCCGUGAGGCUAGCUUAUUUCGUUUGUAAUUUGUUGAUGGAGAGAUCAAUCCAGGUUCGUGUCCAUGGCUCCCUUCUUGAACCGAGGCGUGUCUGGCGGGGCUUGCCGCAGGGUUCUGUACUCAGUCCUCUGCUCUACAGCCUGUAUACGUACGACUUAGAGGUCUGUGUUAAUUCCUUUUGUAAUGUCCUUCAGUAUGCGGAUGACUUGGUCUUGUACGCCUCGUCCGACUCUUUAGAGGAAGCAACCGGCAAGCUUAACCAUGCCCUUCAAUACCUAGAAAACUGGCUUGAUGAACAUGGUUUAUCAUUAUCGGUAGAGAAGAGUUCUGUGGUGGUGUUUACCAGAAAAAGAUCUGUCCCGGAUGUAGAUAUUACCUUCGCAGGAAAACGAAUUCCUGUUAGUAAUGGCGUAAAAUUUCUAGGUAUUUACUUGGACUCGACUAUGUCAGAUUCUUUGAGCUGCCUUUAUGCCAUUGACUCAAACCUAUUUAUCUCUAGUUCUAUACAUCCGCUAAUUUUCCAAAUUAAAGAAAUGCUGUACGAAUGCUAUAUUAAUAACACCGAGGUAGUUAUUGCCUGGAUUCCAAGUCAUACGGGCAUCAGAGGGAACGAAGUGGUUGACUCAUUUGCUAAGGAUGCUGCAACAUCGGGAAGCUCUGAUCAUUUUCAGUUUUAUGCACUAGAUCUCAAGUGCGCGGCUAAGCCUGAUCUGAAUAAAUCCUGGCAAAAGAACUGGGAUCGUUCUAGACAACUAAAAGGAAAUAGUGAUACCUUUGGAAGUACUUUUAUGGACAUUAUCUAUGGACAAAUGUGAUCCCUAUACUUGACAUUGGCAGUAAUGGUUGUCUCUACUCUAUGACGACCGGUUGCCAUACAACCAUAAAGUUGAAGUUGAAGUUGACAUGCAUUUACAAUAGUUUAUUUCAUUUCAACAACACAUUGUUUGAGAAUAUUACUUUUAUUUUUCUCGAUUACUGCUCGUCCGGGUACCGGCCAGGUGUUUGGGUGUUUGUUUGCGUCUGUUGGUGUCUGCUGUAACCAGAAUAGAUCUUGCUUGCAGUAAUUAAUUGCGAUGAACUUACAAAGCGAUAAACUGUGCUUUUAAAACAAUAUAGGUAUUGCGGCACCUCUAAGAUGAAUACUUCAGAAGGUUCUGCUGAUGGUCCUUCAGAUGCAUUGCGCGAUUUUUCGAUUCAGGGCUCAGAAGAUCCAAUACCAUCAACUUUUGAAAAUGUGCGUAACUUAGCUUUAGCAGCCACAGGUAUAGCUUCUAACACAAGUACAUCGUCCAAUAAAGUAAGUCCAAGUACUGAGAGUGUUAUUAAUAAUGAUGAAAGACCAAAUCAAGGGAAAAGUAAUUGCUUUAACAAUAAAGUAAAUCCAAGUAAUUCAAGCUCAACAACAAAUACUCUACCAAAUCAGAGAAGUGUGGUAGAAGCAAUAAUUAAUUUGGAUUCUGAAUUUGCUACAUUGGAGAAUAAAAUUUCCAAAAUCACAGAAUCAUGUCUAAGUUCUGUUGCAAGUUUAGAAUUAAAUUGUAUCAAUACCACAAAACAAAAGAGAGUUCGUUCAAAAGUUCCCACUGUACUUGAUGAUUUAAUGCUUGUUGAACCGGGACCAUCUAAACGAAAGAAAGUGGACAUUUUCGUUGAGGAUAGUGGACCUAAGUGGUAUGAUGUUCAGGGCACUAAUAUUACUCCUGCAAUAGAUCCUACCAAGCUAUCGGAAGCAUUCGAUUCUUUGCCAAUUUAUGGACGCCCCAACACCAAGGAAGAGCUUCCAGAAUUUCAACUGAACAAGAUUAGGGAAUUUGUAGGUUGUGGAUUGAGUGAUGAAAAGUUUUUAAAACUUCAAUAUUAUUGCAGCCCGGAUCAUCUCAAAACUGGCACAGAAAAGUUUACUGUGGAACAGGUACCAAAUCCAGGUGUUAUGCCGGAUGAGCUAGAUUUCCAGCCGUUUUGCAACCCUUCAGCUUCCACUUCUAAAGCUGGGAAUGAGUUGUGUGUGGUGAAAAAAUUCAGGAUGAGAGUAGAAAAAGACGUCAAGAAUGCAUAUGCUAAGAAGUUGAAGUACAGAGGCUUAAGGAUGUUGCCACUAAACAGUGGUGGGGAUCAUGACAUCAAGCCAGAGGAGACAUCCGUCACACUACUGGAGCCUGGAAAGGACAUACUAUUCCGAGUACGCGUCUACCGUCCCUACCCCUACAACAUUAAGGACAAGCCAAUGUUUCAGAACCGCGUUCGCCACUCGCUCUUCAGCCGCGACGUAGUACUACUAGGACGACAGACGUUAUCAGAGCUGCGUGACCGUAUUGUAUGCGCCAACGAUAUGGAUAUGCGGUUGGAUGUCUCCGAGCGAGUAGAAGACCUUCCUAUUACUACCGCUAAGGAGCUGUUCCCGUCGGGCUUCCUGUUCAUCAACAACGUGUUCUACGUAGACACGCGGCCGGGCUGCGCCGACCUGACCGAGCGCCUGUGGCAGUGGGCGCGCCACAAGCGCGGCCUGGGGGACUUCCCGCGCAAGGACAUGUGCCUCACCAGUCUGCACCAGCUGCGGGUCAAGCUGGGCCACCCCGAGGUGUACGUGCACCAAGGCAACUGCGAGCACCUGUUCACGUUCUCCGAGAUCCGUCUGCUGGGCGCCGGCGACCCUCUGCGGCCCUUGCAGUACCCGCGCCACACCGCGCUCUCUCACAACCAGACCGUCUACUGCACCACGUGCGCCGAGUUCGGAGCUAAAUGGAUCAUCACUGGCUGUGAACGCGUCCCCUUCGACCCUGCAUUCUUCUGUGAAAGCUGCCUCAAGCUAUACCUCUACGUGGGCGUGAACAAAGUUGAAGAUUUCAAAGCGUACUCGUAUAGAGGCAACGAGAUUAAUAUGCUGAAGCCGCAGGGGUGAAUGGCCGCAGUGGAGUAUCGAGCUAUCGCCGUCACAGAUGGUUGAUGACAUGGCUGUUUGUGGCUGUGAAAUAUACUUAUAAUUUUAUUCACAUACUUUGCAAAACAUAUGUACAUUCAGGUGAGUUAUUCUAAUGCUUAUAAUUGGCAAAAAUCCGGAAUAUACUCUAGUGCCAUUUCAUGGUGGAAUAAGUACAAUUGUGCCUAUACAAUUAAUUAGACAACUCUGAUCUAAGUCAAGAUAGAAUUGCAGUCUUUUAGAUACUAGUUAUUUUAAGAAUAUGUGUUAUGUAUGUUACUUAAUUAUUUAUUUUUGUAAGCCUAAACGUAUAAAUGAAAUAAAUAGUUAGAAAUUA